AUGCCUGGCCUGAGAGAUCUCCGAUUACGAGCACCUCGUACCUAUGCCUUCGAUGUUCUUGCUGCUUCUGCCUUUCCGCUGCUACCUUGGCGGCUGAGACUGCCCUGCAAUAUCCCAGUGAUUAGAGACUUACCUGGGAUGUGGGGACUGAGGUUCAAGCAGGCAAGACUUGAACCUGGGUUUCCCACGUCCCAGUUUGUAGUAGAUAUCAAUUGGCACAGAGUAGCAUUGCAGAGUAUGAUUGAUUGCCCUCUUAGCUGCAAAGUAAAUAUUGAGGAACAAGCUGAAACUGGAAAUGCAGGUGGGAAAAGUGAUGCCAAAGAAAGAAGUGCAUGCGACCUUAUGAACCAAGGCAUCCUGGCCCUUGUCAGCUCCAUUGGCUGUACGUCGGCGGGAUCCUUGCAGUCCCUGGCAGAUGCCAUGCACAUCCCUCACCUUUUCAUCCAGCGUUCAACAGCUGGGACUCCAAGAAGUGGCUGUGGCCUCACCAGGAGCAAUCGAAAUGAUGACUACACACUGUCUGUCCGCCCACCCGUCUAUGUAAAUGAUGUUAUAUUGAGGGUGGUCAUGGAAUAUGCCUGGCAGAAGUUCAUUAUUUUCUAUGAUAACGAGUAUGAUAUCCGUGGAAUACAAGAAUUUUUGGACAAAGUAUCUCAGCAGGGAAUGGAUGUAGCACUGCAGAAGGUAGAGAAUAACAUCAAUAAAAUGAUCACAGGACUCUUUGCCACCAUGCGAAUAGAAGAACUGAACCGCUACCGGGACACUCUGAGACGGGCCAUUCUUGUAAUGAACGCAUCAACAGCCAAGUCCUUCGUUACAGAGGUUGUGGAGACUAAUUUGGUUGCUUUUGACUGUCACUGGAUCAUUAUAAAUGAGGAAAUAAAUGAUGUGGAUGUGCAGGAGCUAGUGAGAAGGUCAAUUGGAAGGUUAACAAUUAUUCGACAGACAUUUCCAGUCCCACAGAACAGCAGUCAACGCUGUUUCCGUGGCAACCAUAGAAUAUCUUCAUCACUGUGUGAUCCGAAGGACCCUUUCUCCCAGAACAUGGAGAUUUCGAACCUCUACAUAUAUGACACUGUGCUUUUGUUGGCUAAUGCUUUUCAUAAGAAGCUAGAGGACCGGAAGUGGCACAGCAUGGCUAGCCUGACUUGUAUCAGAAAGAAUUCCAAACCUUGGCAAGGAGGGCGAUCUAUGCUGGAUACCAUCAAGAAGGGUGGAGUGAAUGGCUUGACUGGAGAACUGGAAUUUGCAGAAAAUGGAGGGAAUCCGAAUGUCCAUUUUGAAAUUCUAGGGACCAAUUAUGGAGAAGAUCUUGGCAGAGGCAUCCGCAAGCUUGGCUGCUGGAAUCCUCUCACUGGUCUGAAUGGGUCACUAACAGACAGAAAACUGGAGAACAACAUGCGUGGGGUGGUUCUGCGUGUGGUGACUGUGCUGGAGGAGCCAUUUGUAAUGGUGUCCGAGAAUGUUUUGGGAAAACCGAAGAAAUACCAGGGUUUCUCUGUUGAUGUCUUGGAAGCCUUAGCUAAUUACCUUGGCUUUAAAUAUGAAAUUUAUGUUGCACCAGAUCACAAGUAUGGAAGCUCCCAGGAGGAUGGGUCAUGGAAUGGACUGAUUGGAGAACUAGUAUUUAAGAGAGCUGACAUAGGGAUUUCUGCUUUAACCAUUACCCCUGAUCGGGAAAAUGUGGUAGAUUUCACAACUCGUUACAUGGACUACUCAGUGGGUGUGCUGCUUCGAAAGGCUGAGAAGACAGUGGACAUGUUCGCCUGUUUGGCACCAUUUGACCUCUCCGUGUGGGCCUGCAUAGCUGGCACUGUGCUUCUGGUAGGACUACUGGUCUACCUUUUGAACUGGCUCAACCCACCACGCCUGCAGAUGGGAUCAAUGACUUCUACAACACUGUACAACUCCAUGUGGUUCGUUUAUGGAUCCUUUGUGCAGCAAGGAGGAGAAGUUCCUUACACAACACUGGCAACCCGAAUGAUGAUGGGCGCCUGGUGGCUGUUUGCUUUGAUCGUCAUCUCAUCUUACACAGCAAAUCUAGCAGCUUUUCUCACAAUUGCUCGCAUUGAGAACUCCAUCCAGUCUCUCCAGGAUCUCUCCAGGCAGACGGAUAUUCCUUAUGGCACUGUCUUGGACUCUGCAGUCUAUGAGCAUGUUCGAGUGAAGGGGAUGAAUCCUUUUGAGAGGGACAGCAUGUAUUCUCAAAUGUGGCGGAUGAUUAACAGAAGUAACAGCUCAGAGAAUAAUGUGCUGGAGUCACCAGCAGGCAUUCAGAAGGUGAAAUAUGGGAACUACGCCUUUGUGUGGGAUGCAGCAGUUCUGGAAUACGUGGCCAUCAACGAUCCAGACUGCUCCUUUUACACAGUUGGGAACACUGUCGCAGACAGGGGAUAUGGAAUUGCACUCCAGCAUGGCAGCCCCUACAGAGACGUCUUCUCGCAAAGCAGUCUAAUUAAAAUACUUAGUUUUGCUUUAGUUGCUCUCACCCCUCCUGAGAAACGUCAGAGAGUUGCACUGAACUUUAUUGGCAGCAAAAAAAGAUUUGUGGAACCUAUGUUAUGUGGAUAUCAGGGUCUCACACUGAGUGCUUUUGAGAAGAUGUCCCUUCCCCUCAAAAAGUUUCAAGCAUUUUCUAAAGAGAGGAAAUAG